CUAGACUUUGUUCAGUUGUGUACGAGUUAAAGAUCCGUUAAAUAAUCGUGUCAUAUAUUGUUUUCUGUAGGGAUUUACUGGAAAAAGUUAUAUAGAAACUCGAGAAUAAAAUGGACAAACUUUUCUUUGGUAGUGGACUUGGUAACCUGGUCAAAAUUAAACAUGACAAGGUUAAGAUUGACAACUACGCUUUUCGACUUCAUUAUGAAGUCACUGUGACCAUAUUACUGGUUUUCAGUCUGAUGAUAUCGGCCACACAGUUCUUCGGUGAACCAAUUAGUUGCAUUCAAAAAGACGACAUUUCCGUAAAGACACUAAAUACGUUCUGUUGGAUUGAAAGUACCUUCACCCUUCCAAAGACAUUCAACAAAAAAGUUGGGGUAGAAGUGGCCCACCCCGGGGUGGCGAAGCACGAGCCAGGUGACGAGGUAAAAGAACAUGCCUACUAUCAGUGGGUUUGUUUUGUGACCUUCCUCCAAGCUCUUUUAUUCUACGUACCCCGUUUUAUGUGGAGAGGUUUCGAAGAAGGAAAAGUGAAGGACAUGUCGUUGGAGCUGAGUAAGCCUAUCUUAAGCGAAAAAGAAAGAAACAGAAACAUUAUGAAACUCGUCACGUAUUUCACCACCAGAAAAGGAAAACACUGUAAUUAUGCUUGGAAGUACAUCCUGUGUGAACUUCUGAACUUUGUGAACGUUAUUUCACAAAUAUAUUUGGUCGACCGAUUCUUAGGCUACGAAUUCACAACGUUUGGAUCGGAUGUGGUGAGAUUUACCGGGACAGAUCCCGAGAACAGAUUGGAUCCCAUGGUCCGGGUUUUUCCCAGGGUCACUAAAUGCGAUUUUUACCGCUACGGUUCUUCUGGGGACGUUCAGAAGCACGACGCCCUUUGUCUCAUCCCCCUCAACAUUCUGAACGAGAAGAUCUACGUCUUCAUGUGGUUUUGGUUUGUGGUCCUUGCCGUUCUGAGUGGACUGGCUCUAGUCUACAGAACUAUGGUCUUCUUUUCUCCGCGCAUCAGAUACCACUUGAUUUUUCUUCUUGACCGAAUCACUCCUCCUCAGAGGCUGAAUGCUGUGUUGAAUCGCAUGUCUUACGGUGACUGGUUCCUUUUGCAGCAAGUGGGUCAUAACAUUGAAUCCAGAAAUUUCCGAGAUCUACUUACCGAGUUGGAAAGGGAAAUGGCGUCGUCUUCUGCAUUAAUGAAAGAGUACAAUCCUCAAGACCUUGUUGAUAUCAACACUUGAUUUAUAAAGUUGUGAUUUAAUUGUUUGAAUCCUUUUAAUACGUGUUAUGUUUUAAUUUGACGUGUUCAGAAACACGAACAUCGUGCAUUUUUUUUCUUUGCUUUAUCACAAAUAAUUAUUAUAGGAUAAAACUACUGACCUAUCUGUCAUAUGGGUUUAUUUGUCGUUGUUAUUUUAUCCAAUAAUUAGGUGUAACUUUUGUAGUGAAAAUACAGGUUAUAUAUCGAAA